AUUGAGAAAAGUAGGCAAUAAAAGGCAAGUGUAGAGACUAUCGCAUUGAAUACGUCCCACGUUCUUUUUUGUUCUUUCUUUCUUCCCUCUUUUGUAGACUCUCUCUCCCUCUCUCUGUCUCUAGAGUCACCGGAAUAAAUACUACAAACGACGCCGGUUUACUCCUUUCCAAGAAAGAUUCAUGUUGGACCUCAACCUAGGAAUCUUGUCGACACAUAACGGAGAUGAAGACUGCAAAGUACCAACCUCCAUCUUCAAUCAAGAAGAAGAAGAUUCCAACAAUCCCUCAAACAAUAGCUUGUCUUUGAUUACAUUUGGAAUCCUUAAAAGAAAAGAAGACGUCCUAAUCCUUCCUAUGCCUCCUCCUCCUCAGGAGAGUGAAUUAUCCGGCGCCGGGAGUGAGUGGUUAAACCUGUCGUCGAUGCAACGAAAUAAACAAGAUAUGUUGGUGGUGAAGAAGAAGAGCCGACGUGGCCCUAGAUCCAGAAGCUCCCAUUAUCGUGGCGUCACUUUUUACCGUCGAACCGGUCGUUGGGAAUCUCAUAUUUGGGACUGUGGAAAACAGGUUUAUUUAGGUGGUUUCGACACAGCCUACACAGCCGCAAGAGCGUACGACCGAGCUGCUAUCAAAUUCCGGGGAUUCCAAGCAGAUAUCAACUUCAUCGUGGAUGAUUACAAACAGGACUUUGAAAAGAUGAAGAAUUUAAGUAAAGAAGAGUUUGUGCAAACUCUUAGACGAGCGAGUGCAAGCUUAGCAAGAGGAGGUUCUAAAUACAAAUACAGUUACAUGAAAAAUGAUCACAUCCAUCUCUUCCAUAACAGGGAAUGGAAUGCCGCAGCAGCAAAAUGCAAUGAGAUAAGAAAGAUAGAAGGGGAUAUUAAGUUGGGUGCCCAUAAUAAAGGAAAUGAGCACAACGAUCUUGAGCUAAGUCUCGGAAUAUCUUCAACGUCCAAAAAUAUAACUUUGAAACCGGCAGAUGAUUACAUGGGUUUGAAUCGAUCUAUGACGACGAGUUUGCAUAGGAAGGCGUUGCCUGUAUAUCUACCGAUCACAGAAACUAAACCGUUAAAGACGGUUGUAGCAUCAUCAGGAUUCCCUUUCAUUGCCAUGAUCAAUUCUUCCUCUUUGUCCACUUGUUUUGAUCCAUGAGGUCACACUACUAUAUACUUAAUAUUCUCCCCUUUUUUUUUUUUUUAGUCUAUUGAAUGACGGAAUGAUUAUGUGACUUAUUUAUUUUCAUAAAUCAUAGUCUUGUGAAAUCACGAAUUA